AAGAUCUGUAGUAGACUUGGUUGGAAUAUGGCGGGGCUCAAGCAGGGGGUUAUAAUGGCCGGACUUACACUGCGAACUGCUGCUGACCAGCUUGGGGCACUGCUCUCAAUGAGUGCCAGGCAAUACAGGUGUUCAGCCUGCGUACUAAGUACAGCUGCUCAACAGAGGAGUGAAGGGGACCAGACCACUGCAGACGAUGGGCCUGACGAUCACUUAUACACUGUGCGGACACUUGAGAGGAAAGCACUCAAAUUGGAAGAGGAAGUAAGGGUUUUAACAGAGCGAUGCAGAAGAGCCCUGGCUGACUCUGAAAAUGUGAGGAAGAGGACCCAAAAGUUUGUGGAAGAUGCAAAACUAUUUGGCAUUCAGAGCUUUUGCCGGGAUCUUGUGGAAGUGGCAGACAUUCUAGAGAAAGCAGUUGAGCAGGCAGCCGAAGGAGGUGUGAAGGACAUCCUGUACCAAGUGGAUGGAAAGCUGCAAGAUGUAUUUAUGAAGCAUGGACUACAGAAAAUGACACCAGUUGGGGGUGAAUAUGACCCUUAUGCCCAUGAAAUUGUCAGCCAUGUGCCUAUUGAGGGAAUAAAGCCAGGCACUGUGGCGACUGUACGACAGGUUGGUUACAAACUUCACGGGCGUACAAUUCGUCAUGCCCAUGUUGGAGUAGCUGUGGAGACAAACAAAUGACAUACGUGAUGACUGACUCACAUCUCCCUAUUGCCCUGAUAUAGUGAUUUUUAUUUAUUAUAAUAUGCAUAGUUUUCUUAGCUUUAUCCUACCCAUCCCUUUUUUUUUCUUUUAGUUUUACUGCAUGAUAAUGAACACGCCUCCUUUUUUGAGGAGCCUUUGGUAAGCCACAUGUGAGGGCUAAAUAUUGUACAACACAAUGAGGAACUUGCCAAUCCUGCUUGCAUGGUGCUGGAAUAGCUUCUCCCUAGGAUCAAAGUGUAAUUAAUCAUUAUUUAUUAUGUUUUUGUUUGUAUAUAUUUUAAUUAUUAUUUAUUUGUGUAAUUCUUUAAUAUUUUUAGAAAAGGGAUAGUAAACAUUUAUUUUAUUACAAACUAUAAAGAUAACUUCUUUAAUUAAAGAUGGUCAAAAACAUAUCUGUUCUACAAUGAAAGAACAGUUGACUUUCCUUUGAACUUAAUGUCAUAUCUAGAUGUGUCCCGUAAGCCCUUGUACAGUGAAAGCUAUCACUGAAGCAGUAAAAACUUUUUGUAGAAUCAUUUUGCUAAAACAUUUGUAUUUCAAUAAUGUUUUUUUAUUUGAAACUGAAAUACACUUCUGUGCAUAUCUUAUCUUUAUUGAAGCCAAGUGGGGACUUUUAUGUGAUAUUUAGGUUGUCAAGUCUUCAUUCUGGACUUCCAAUUCUAAAAAAUAGAAAACCCCAUAACUUUCAAACUUUAAUUACAAGAAUAUGGGGCAACAUUAAUAAUGACAGCACAAAGGCUUUUACUACCAUGUUAAAGGGAACACUUAACCCAAUUUUUUUUCUUUUGUGAUUCAGAGAGAGAGCAUGCAAUUUUAAACUUUCUAAUUUACUCCUAUUAUCAAUUUCUCUUUGUUCUCUUGCUAACUUUAUUUGAAAAAGAAGGCUUCUAAGCUAUUUUUUGGUUUAGGACCAUGGACAGCACUUGUUUAUUGGUGGAUGAAUUUAUCCACCAAUCAGCAAAAAUAACCCAGGUUGUUCACCAAAAAUGGGCCGGCAUCUAAACUUACAUUCUUGCAUUUCAAAUAAAGAGAAUGAAGACAAUUUGAUAAUAGGAGUAAAUUAGAAAGUUGCUUAAAAUUGCAUGCUCUAUCUGAAUCACGAAUGAAAAAAAUUUGGGUUCAGUAUUCCUUUAAACAUUUUAUAUCACAAUGUCAUACUGUUUACUGUCUCUUUAAAAUGAUGAUAAAGUUUGCUUGAGGGAGUGUCAGACCAGCAUAACUUGUCCAGUAUUUUGCAAAAUUCACAGUGCAACGUUACAUUUUCCAAGUAUUUAAAGCAAUAAAGACCCUAGACCUCUCCAGUGCAAAUAUGUCUACUAGUUUUCUUUUUUUUCCCUGGCAUAAAGAAACUGAAUUCUGUCUAGUAAUGCACAGAUACAUUUGGGCCUCCAUUCCUCAAACUGUCAACUGUCUGUUUGGGCUCCAUCAGUUCAGUGCACAAGAACCAUCAUCCAAAGUUAUCAAAAUGCUGUUCAAGCCAUUUUCUUGUGUACUUUGAAGCUCACUUAUUUUCAACAAGUGUCACAGACCUUAUCCUAUCUUUACCAUGAAAAUGUAAUAUGUCAAAGGUAUCGAUAGUAGAUGAAACUAGCAUCCAAUUUAGCAAACAAAAAGUAUAAAACAAUUACAAGAACCAACAAUAUAGUUAAGUAAUAAAAGUAAAGCAAGCAACUAUAAGUAUAGUGUAUUAUCUGAUUGUUGGUCUUCGAGUUCAACUUGAAGACCACACACAAUAAUAUUUUUGGGUGGGAAUUCUAUUUAUUGACUGCUCUGUAAAUUGGGGAGCCAUAUUUUAAAUGUUCCAGAAUGUUGUUUCUUUAGUCUUCCACUUUAUCUUUGUGUUUCAAAAUGUAAUUAUUUGUUUAUUAUUAUUAAUUUAUAAUAAAUGUUUAGAGGCUGUUGUGGUCACGAACGACCUUGAGGGUAACAGUUGAUAUUACAUACUGUUCUGUCAUAUCCCACUUGCCCAUUGACCUGUAGGUUAAAAAAAAAGUUUUAUUCUACAUGAAAAAGCAAAGAAUCUAAAUUGUAUUUUUUUUUUUAUUUUGUCCAGCCAUGCAAUUACCUGUACAGUUUUGUAUAGUGUCAUGUUUGCAAAAAUGUGUAGUGAAUCAACAAGUAAAAAAAUUGUCGGCUUAAUAUCAUUUUUUAUGUUUUAUUGUUUUGUUUUCAUUGUGUUUUUAAAUAAUGCUCAUCAAAAAUGCAAUUUUAAAAAUGAGUGUGUUCCUUGAUUUUGUUACAGCACUUUCCUGGCCUGCAUACUGUGGUACCUACUUAUCCAAUUAACAGACCCUGCUGUAUCUAAUCUAGACAUACGUUUGCUGGGUAAAGGUUGGUUGGGUACAGCAUUGGCAUUCACUAUGACCUAUAAGGCACUAUAUAUACAUUUCAGAGAUUUCUCAUUUGAGUACCUCUUUAAUACAUUUAUUUUAUUGUUCAUUUUGUAAAAAAAAAAAAAGAUUUAUUUUCUUAAUUUUUAAUUGGCUCAUCUCUAUUAUUUACCUUGCCAGGGUUUGAUUAAUGACUACAAUGGGUGGGUUUAAUAAAAAGUGUUUACAUUUAAUUUUUUUUUUUUUACAUUUUGUUAUUUAGCAAUUGUUCUUAUUCAACUACAAAAUACUUAAAACUGCCAAAAUAUUUUGUUAUAGGGACCUAAAACUCAACCAAAACUAAAUCCACAAGAAUAGAAAAUAAAAACAGUUCAUUAUUUUACCUGUGA